ACCAAAUUUAUCAAGAGACUGAAAACAGUUUGAACGAAAAUGUUGACUAAAAUACAAUUCCGAAUUCUAUUCCUAGCUACGUCAGUUUUUAGUAGCUUUUGUGGAAAAAACAGAGAAUCGGUGGCGGUUUAUUCUCCACUUCCCGAUCUAGACCAAAUAUACAAGCCGGCUUCAUUUUAUGUAUUGAACGCACAAACAGAUAUGAAGUUAACACAUGAUUUACAUGCCUUGAAAAAGUCGAUUGGUGUUGUAAAAAAGUCCCUUGAACAUGUAAAAGACGACAAAAUUGCUGCAGAAAUUUUGAACUUUUUCCAAGAAAAUUUACAUCACUUUGAAACUUGGAUAAAAAAUAUUAUGGAACUUGGAAAGGCGACUCAAACUUACGUUACUGUAGUUGGUGAUCACACAAGAAAAUUAAUAGAAAAUCAAAAGAAAGAUAUUAUGAAAAUGGGUGCAAUGCUUUUAGGAAAAUUGGAAAAUUUAAUCAAGAAUCAUGAAAAAGUCGCAUCUGAGCAACGUGAAGACGUCGACCGAACUGCCAAUCUUAUGCAUUACGAAAUGGUUCAGCAAAGAAAACACUUAAUUAAUAUCGAGAAGUAUUUGAAAGGUGAGAAUAUUCAAUCGUCAUCAAUGGAUAAUUUUUUCAAAGAUUUGAAACCAACACUUUCACUUGAAAAUAUUUUAAUGAAAGAAGUUGACCACAACAUGAAUUUAUGUAAUACGGCUAAAAACAAAAUGGCAAUGGAUGUUGAAAAAAUUAAUAGAAAUAGAAUGCGAAAAUAAAAGAAUCAAAUAAAAGAAUAAA